AGGAAUUGGAUGAGGCUCUUGUAGACAUGGUGGUGAAGGAUUUGCAGCCCUUCACUAUUGUGGAGGAUAUGGGUUUCAGGGCCUUUGUGAACAAGCUUGAUCCAAGCUAUGUGCUCCCAUCCCGCAAGGCACUUAAAACGAUGGUCACUGAAAAGUACAACAGCACCAAGGAGAAGACAAUGAGAGACCUACAAAAGGCAGAAUUUGUUAGCCUUACGGCUGAUAUGUGGUCAUCCAUUAAUAUAGACGGAUACAUUGGUGUAACUUGUCACUACAUUACACCAGAAGCAAAGAUGGCAACUGUUGUAUUGGGUGUAAGGAGGUUUUACCAAACCCACACAGCCCAGCAUCUCAUGGAGGCUAAAACCUUGCUCAUGUCUGAAUGGGGAAUUACCUCCAAAGUUCAGUGUAUGGUGACUGACAAUGCAUCGAACAUGAUCUUAAGUGCCCAGCUACUCAACCUCCGACAUAUCCCAUGUUUUGCACAUAACCUAAAUUUGAUUGUGAAAAAGGCCCUAGAUCAAACCGCACUCAUCAAUGAAAUACGCCAGAAAGCCAGAAAGAUAGUGGGGUUGUUUAGAUCCAGCUGCAAAGCAAAGGACAAACUUGUGGAGAUGCAGGGCUUGAUUGGCAGACCAACUCUGAAACUGAUACAGGAGGUUGAAACGAGAUGGAACAGCACUUUUGACAUGCUGCAACACUUAUAUGAGCAACGAGAGCCAGUGGCUGCUGCAAUUUCAAGUUUAAACAGUGAUACUGCUCUGCUGACAAGUUCUGAGUACGACAUUAUUCAAGAAUCAUUGUCAUUACUGCAACCGUUUAAACUUGCAACAACAGAGUUGUCAGAGGAACAGAGAGUGUCCGCCUCAAAACUUAUACCGCUUUACAGGAUGUUGCAGCACAAGCUUGUAGAGAAAAAAGGCCUUGCAAAGCAGGAUUCAGCUGUACAAUUAGGCUCACACCUGCAAGGUCUGCAGUCCAGAUGUGGCGGGUACGAGUCAUUCAGAGCCUUGGCAUUGGCUACACUGCUGGACCCAAGAUUCAAAAUUGUGGCUUUUGGAAAUCCUGCUAAAGGCCAGGAGGCUGAAAAGCACCUCACACUGGAGUGUGCUUCGUUGAUGCGUUCAAACCCUCCAACUCAUGAGCCACAAUGGUCAGCAUCAGGUCCAUCAUCAUCAUCAACAACAGCAGCAGGAAGCCAGGACUGUUUAUGGGAACUUUUUGAUAAUCGUGUACGUGAAUCCCACACAACACACAGUGCUACAGCUGAUGCCACAGUGGAAGUAAAAAAGUACCUCACAGAUGCAUUUCUGCCCAGAAUGGAAGAUCCCCUAAAGUACUGGAAGGAGAGAGCUGUCAUUUUUCCUAAACUGUACAUUCUAGCUAAAAAGUAUCUGUGCAUGCCAGCGACAAGUGUCCCUUCUUUCACUUUGGGUGUCGCGGAGGAACGCGACACCGCACUCUCUCGUUGGAUAGCUGCCACACUGGAGCAGACACACAAAGUGGCAGCGACAGCGAAGCCCGUUCGCAAAAUGGCGGCCACAACAACACCCUGUCUUGUCAUCGCUGUCAGUCAUGAGCCAAGUCAAGUCACAGUUAAUGGCAAAGAGCCAAAUCAAGCCACAGUUGAUCUUAAAGAACCAAGUGACAUCAAGGUUAAAGAUUGUGCUGCUGACUGUGCAAAUCCCUCCAUUUCCCCCAAUGGAAAGACAUGUUACUCUUGUGAUGAGAAGAGCUGCUCAAACAUAUUGAGCUGUUCAGGAAGUGAAGACCGCUGCUUUAAAGCAACAGAGAGUUUCGGAGGCCAGUCAAUGGUUCUAAAAGGCUGUGUCUCUAAAUCUAUUUGUGAUGCCACGACAUCAGUUGGUGAUGUUCAGGGCGUCUCAUGCUGUGAGGGGAACCUGUGUAACGAUGCUAAGAGCGUCACUCAGAGCUUCCUGUUCCUCUGCUGUUCUCUGCUCUCCUUCAUCCUGCUGCACUGA